AUGGGAGCGAUUUCCGGUGCAUCGCUGCAGGGCAUUCCAAAAUCUUAUGCAACAUGCUCGAUCGGCUGUCGCGAGAGUGAUACCUUGCCACGCAAGCUCGAAGCAAUCAAAAAAGCAGGCUUCACGGGCAUUGAACUUUCCUUUCCAGAUAUCCUUGGGUACGGUGGCCAGAUACUCGGCCAUUCGAUUCAACCCAAGAAUACUACCGAGCUGCGCAAAGUGUGCUCGGAUAUUCAGAAACUAUGUGACAAAAACGGACUCAAGAUUAUGAUGCUUCAGCCAUUCGCAAAUUUUGAGGGCUGGCCGGUAGGGUCCGCAGAACGAGAAGAUGCAUUCGAGAGAGCGACGGUGUGGAUCGAGCUGAUGAAAGUCCUCGGAACGGACUUACUUCAGGUCGGUUCAACCGACAGCCCCAAAGAGAAAAUCUCAGACGACCGUGACACGAUUGUCACCGACCUGCGAGAGCUAGCCGACCUACUCGCCCAGAACGGCUUCCGCCUCGCAUACGAAAACUGGUGCUGGUCUACCCAUGCACCUCACUGGAAGGAUGUAUGGGAGAUUGUGGAGGCGGUCGACCGGCCGAACAUUGGCCUUUGCCUCGAUACGUUCCAGUCGUGCGGCAGUGAAUGGGCUGAUCCCACGACGUCGUCCGGCUUGAUUGAGGGUUUGUCAUCGGCGGAGUUAUCGAAAAAGUUCUCGGACAGCUUGCAUCAGCUUGCGCAGAAGGUGCCCGGGGACAAAAUUUAUCUAUUGCAAAUUUCCGAUGCUUAUAAGGUGUCGCCGCCUUUAGAAGACAAGGUAGUGGAUGGAUUGCGACCGCGUGGUCGCUGGAGCCAUGAUUACCGGCCUAUGCCCUAUGACGGAGGAUACUUGCCCAUUGAGGAUUUCGCAAAGGCAGUCCUUCAGACCGGAUUCAGAGGCUGGUUUUCCGUGGAAAUCUUCGAUCAAGGGCAGGAUGGGAAAGGAAUUGAGUACGAGAUGGACAGUUAUGCACAGAAGGCUAUGCGUUCUCUCGAUAAGCUCCUGCAAAAUUGCGCUACAGAGUGA